AUGAUGGUAAAAAAAAUUGCAGUGAUUGGGGCUGGAGUCAGCGGACUGGGCGCCAUUAAGAGCUGUUUGGAGGCGGAACUAGAACCUACGUGUUUUGAAAAGAGCAGUGACAUAGGAGGACUGUGGAAAUAUGAGGAGAUACCAGAAAAUGGAAGGCUUGGGAUAUACAAAUCUUUGACCUGCAAUACGUCCAAGGAGAUGACAGCCUUCAGUGACUACCCCAUCCCCGACCAUUACCCCAACUACAUGCACAACUCCAAGAUGAUGGAGUAUCUCAGGAUGUACGCCAAGCACUUCGGGCUCAUGAAACACAUCCAGUUCCAGACAAAGGUGUGCACAGUGAGGAAGCGCCCUGAUUUUUCAGCCUCUGGCCAGUGGGACGUUGUGGUGGAAGCUGAUGGGGUGCAGAAAACUUACGUCUUUGAUGGGAUCAUGGUCUGCAGUGGUCACUACACUGAGAAGCAUCUUCCUCUACAGGAGUUUACAGGAAUCACCCAGUUCCAAGGCCGCUGUCUCCACACCUGGGAAUACAAGCACCCAGGCAACUUUGAGGGGAAGAGAGUGGUCGUGGUCGGCAUUGGGAAUUCUGGAGCAGAUGUGGCAAGCGAGAUCAGUCGCGUCGCUGAACAGGUUUUCCUCAGCACAAGACGAGGGGCGUGGAUAUGGAACCGUGUUUGGGAUAACGGGAAUCCUAUGGAUGCCUCGCUCUUCACUCGUUAUAACAGAGCUGUACAGAAGAUCUCCCCCACAUUCCUGAUCAACAGACAGAUAGAGAACAAGUUAAACUUGAGGUUUAACCAUGCCAAUUAUGGACUGAAGCCUCAGCACAGAAUUCUUGACCACCGAACGGUUCUAAGUGAUGACCUGCCAAAUCGCAUCAUUACUGGGAGAGUGCAGAUAAAACCAAACGUGAAAGAGUUCACCUCAACAUCGGUCAUCUUUGAGGAUGGAACUGAGGAGAGCAUAGAUGUUGUCAUCUUUGCCACGGGCUACAUUUUGUCCUUCCCUUUCUUGCACGACGAACCGACAGUCCUGGACAGCCAGUACUCCAUGUUUAAAUUUGUCUUCCCUCCUGGGCUAGAGAAGCCAACUCUAGCUUUCAUUGGCAUCGUCCAGCCAGCUGGUGCCAUCAUCCCUACAUCAGAGCUCCAAAGCCGAUGGACUGUGCAAGUGUUCACCGGACUGAAAAAGUUGCCCUCAAAGAAAGACAUGAUGGCUGACAUCACCAGAAAGAGACGGAAAAUGACCAAAGACUUUAGGAAAAGCCUCAAAGACUCUCGCCAUGUUCAGUUCAUCGACUACAUGGAUGAAAUUGCUUCGGAGUUAGGGGUCAAACCCAACCUGCUCUCUCUCUUCCUCUGGGAUACAAAGCUGGCCAAGGAGAUUUUCUGCGGUCCCUGCACCUCCUACCAGUACCGUCUCCAGGGGCCAGGGAAAUGGGCUGGGGCUCGGGCAGCCAUCCUCACUCAAAGAGAAAGAAUGCUCAAACCCCUAAGAACCCGGGUUCUCAAACACUCUCAGGCCUCCCUCUCUCGUCUUUUCUGGGUCAAAAGUAUCUGCAUUGUCUUCUUUUUCUUUGUUUCCAUGUUAGCUGUCGUGCACAUCACAAGUCGUUAACCUCAUAUUGACAUAGAUAUUUAUGAAGCUAGACAGUAAACUAUUGUUAUUUAAACUGUAUAUCAUAGAAUCUAUUGAAAUAAUGGAGAAACAUGUUUAUUAGACUAAUUCACAAAUGAAUUUUUAAAUGCAGAACAAGAUUAUUUCAAUAAUGACUUCAUGAGGGGAGGUUUGAAAAGAUGCAGAUAUUACCAUUUCAUUCCAAAAGUACUUUGAGAAAUUUAUCUAUAACAUGACCAUGAAUAAUAAUUAAAAGUGAGAUGAAUUUGAUUUAAUAAAAGAUCAGAGAAACUAUUUAACCGGGAGUAAACCUUACUUAACAAAAAAACAGGACUAACCCUUAUUUAAUAAAAGAGCAGACUAUGUAACCAGGAAUAAACCUUAAAAGUUCAUCUUAUGAUCUCAAAACAUCUUCCCCAGUCUGACCCCCAGAAAACCAUAGCUGUAUCGAGCUGUGUUUGGUUGGAUGGUUGAUUGUUAGUUUUAAGAUGGGAUUUCAAUGUGUAUGUAGUCUGGAAUGGCCUCAUAUCCAUGCAUUUUACUACAAUGUGUGGGGAUUAUAAGCCAGUGCCAGGCACUGGACCCUCUUGACAAAGAAUGUUCAGUAGAAAAAUAUGGAAUUCAUCAAUUCAUCACGUAAUCAAACUGCUCUACUUGCAAACGUGCUGCAAAUCAACAUGCGGCGCUGCAGCUCCUGGUUUGGUGCACUAGAAAGGCUGGCAUCGCUGUCUAGCAUUGCUGCCAAAGGCUGGGCUUGAGUGAAACUGAAGGAGAACCUGACAAUGAAGAAAGGCCAGCGUUCCCAAUACAUCUUAGCUCCAUUCCAAAGGAAAGCUGAACUGCAGGGCUAUAAUGAUCAGAUGAAAGUAUCAGAACCCUGAAUGAUGAUUCUAAUACCAAUGAGGAGAUUUUAAGAUAUACUAUUAUAUGAUCUUAUUAAAUUACUGAUAAUAUUGUAUGGUAUAAUAAUAUUAAGUUAUGCAGCAGAAUAUUCUUAUUUCUAAGAGGUAGGCAAAAGUGGGAGUUAAGUACCGUGAUAUGUACAUUUUAUUUGCAAUAGACGUACAAGUUUAUCUGCAUGUGAGAGAACAGGGACAGAGCAAGGGACACAGAAGUAACAUGCAAGGGGCGGAACUUCCAAGACUUGUGAUUCUGGUUCAAAGCUGUACAGCUGUUCAUAGCUGUA